GAGAGCCAAGAUCUUAUUAAUAGUUUUAAUAAGGUUUUAACCAUGGACUAAGAUAUACUUAGUAAGAUAUCUCUAAUCGUGAUUUUAACUAAAUAUUAUGGACAAGUAAAAAAGUAGUAAAUAAAUACAGUAACUGUACGUGUGUACUCGACUAUCUCGAUAUUAAAAUAUAAUUAAUUUAAAUAUUAUUUGUUGGAUCAGUUAUCAGUAAUAGAUAUACUUUUUUCCGAUUUUUUUUUAUGCCACUUUCGUCGUGUUGAUAUUUCAAUGGCCAACAAUAAAUAUUUCGACUUUGCCUCUUUUGGCUAAAUUUGUAAUUUGUCAAUUAUGCAUUUUAUUUAACCGUGUUCAUCGAAAAAUUAAAAAUGUUUAUACUCCCCAUUUUUGUAGGUGUAUUAUUGUCGACGAGUCUCUCAAAGGUAAGUCUUCCAAUAAUUAAGAAGUCGAUUUUUAAUUGUUAGUUGUUUAUGUUUAAUAUUUAUAAAAUCUAUUACAAAUAUGUUUUUACUAUUUCUUGUUUUGGUAUUUUUUGUCAUAUUUUACUACCUUUACCAAAAUCAGUAAUUAUUUUAUAAAAGAAAUGUCUAGCUUCUAGGACAUCUACUACAUGUGGCUACUACGUACUCGAUUUAUAUAAGUAAAACACAUUUAUACAAAUAUGGAUGGAGGUUUACAAAUUUAAAGAUUAAAAAUCUGUAAUAUAUAACUAAUCUUAACAAUAGGAUUUCUGCCAGUUGAAGUUAAUCUGAAUCAUACUUUUGUUAUUUGGAUAAAGCUAGUUAUAUAAUAAUUAUUAAUUGGUGAAUGUACCUAGAUUUUAUUUUGUUUGUUAAAACUAAAUUAUAUUUAUUUUAUUUACCUACUAUUAUUGAUAACUUAUACUUAACAUUAAUGCUAACGCAAUAAAUAUAAUAAUUUUACAUAAUAUAUCUAUUGUUCAGUGUUCAAAAUCUAACAAAUAUUUUUAAAAUGUAGGGAGAAUCAUAUGAAGAUGCUCGUUGCAAAUGUGUAUGUACUAUAGUAAAUGGUACAGAAAUGUAUAAUAAAUUAUAUAUAGCUAAUGUUCUUCCUAGCAAGUGAGUUCAAUGAAUAUGGAUUACAAUUAGUUGUUAUAUGGUCUGAUUACCUCAAUUAUUUUCAGUGAUUGUAAUGGAGUAAGCCUACCAGUUAUUGGUGAAGUGAAUAAUACUAAAAAAGAAUUAUGCCCGCGAUGCACUUGCACGUACGAGAGUAGAAAUACUACUACUAUGAAGGUAACCCAUUAUUUGUAAAAUUGAUUAAAAUGUAUGUUGAAUAUUAUAUUUAAAUUUGUACAAAAAAUAAAGGUGGUUGUGUUAAUCGUGCUAUGUGUGAUAUCAAUAUUAGUGACAUACAUGCUAUUCCUGCUAUGUUUAGAGCCAAUGAUAAGAAAACGCAAGCUAGUUGGCACCUAUGUAGAGCACACCAACGAAGAGGUAUGUUCUUUAAUGGAGCCGACCAUGUCCGAUAGCGGUAGUUUUGUAAGUCCAACAUAUUCUCUCCCAAUUUGCCUAAAACCAAAAACUAUAACAACGUAAAACAGCAGAUUUCCUAAUGUUCACCAUAUAAAAAGCCCUUUUGAUAUUAUAGUAAGUCAAAAUAAAUUGCAGAGAAUUGUGAAAAUGCAUCGAAAAAUGAGGUUUAUACUGUAAAUAUAAUAUAGUUAAACUUUUUUUUGUAUUUAAUAUUUUUUUGCUUGUUUGUUUAUUAUUAUUUUCCAUCAUUAUUUUGAUAUACCUACCUCCUUUAUUAAUUUUCAUUUGUUUUGUUAUUUUAUUGAUAGAUAAAACGUACUAUUAUCACAAACUAAUAGUUCUAAUUAAUUUCCAACUUAAAUAAUAAUCAUAAUAACUAAUAACUAUUAAGUUAAGUUCAUCUCCAAAUAGGAUUCCCAAACACUAUGUUGGACACUAAUUAUUUGUUUUUGAUUUAUGUAGAAAAAUUAACAACACAGAAUGGAUCAGUGCACUAUGUGUGAUUAAUGUUAGGCUUAAAAUAAUACAUUUUUUUUUUCUAGUAGUAUUCUUAAAUAAUUUAAUGCAUGCCGUUAGUAUAGAUUUUUUUAUUUACAUGAUUAAUAUAAAUUGUUUAAUGUUUAUAUAUUUUAAAUAUAUAAAUAAAAAAUGUAUAUAUAGUACAGUUGCGUUUUACAUUAUGAUUGUGAUGUACCUGAUAAUGAAUUUUUAAUUCAAAACCGGUCAUAUAAUAGAGUUAUCAUAAUACUCUAGGUAACUUAUUUAUUAAUUAAUUAAUUUUUUUAUUUGUAUGUAUACAUUUUUUUAUUUAUAUAUUAAUUUACGAGUAUUAGUCAUUUUAUUAAUUUUGUUUUUAUUUUAUAUUUAAAUUAACCCAUAAUUAUUCCAAUUAUUUGUAGGAUGAUCUCCCACACGCUGUUUCAUUAGAUACAAGAGGAGGAAGUGAUCCUAUGAUUUCGGUUGCUUCUAACAGUAAUGUUCUGAAUCGAUUUGGACACCAACAGAAUAAAUGGAAAAAACAAGUUAAAGAACAAAGGAAAAAUAUCUAUGAUCGUCAUACAAUCCUUAACUAGAAAUAUUAAGUUAAUAGUUGAUUUGUUUGCUUACAUCUAAUCAAGUGAAGAAAAAAACAUCUUACGAGUUUCUGUGUACUCAAUAUAUCUUAUGCAUAGUGAAUAUGCAAAGGUAAAUUGAUUUCCUAAUAAUUCCUUGAUUGUUUGUAUUAAAUUAACUUUUAUUUUCAGUUUUUUAAUAUUAAAAUAAACAAGAACUUCCACUAAGUGUACAUUUUUUAGAUUGGAGGUUAUUUAAAAUUAUAGCAAGAUUAAAGAUAAAAACAUGCUUUAAUCAUAUAUAAAUAUAUUUAAAUAUAUUACAUUUUUAUAAUCCAAUUUAAGACUCAUUGGUCUAUUAUAUUAUUUAAUAAUACCUACUGUUAAUAUAUUGUUACUUAUUUAGGUCUUAUAUAUAUUUAUGUUAAAAAAUGUGUACAAUAUUAAUAAAAGUGUAUACCAUUAUUUAUUCAAUGGUUUAGUUUUUUAACUGUAUCCUUUUCAAUGUUCAGAGUAUGUUUAUUUAUUUUUUUUGUUUUUCAUAUUUAUACUGUUCAAGUCCUUGUAUGAGACAUAUUAUUCAACUAAAAUUGGAGAAUUUUUAUUGAAGUUUUCCUUUAUAAAAUCAUUUAAACAUAUUGUCGCUAUAAUUUACAUUGUUUACAUUUAUUUGUAAUUUAAGUGUAUUAUAUUAUAAUAUUAUGUACCUUAUGUAUUAUUUAUAAAAAACGUAAAAUGAGAAUUGACAAAUUUACAGCAUAACAAUUUCAUUAUUUUAAAUAUUUACUCUCUUUUUUCUACUAGAAAUAUUGCACCAAUAGAAAAUCACCAGCAGAUCUUUUUUUGUUGAAUUUUGAAUCUAGUUGGUGACCAUUAGUCAUUUUUCUGAUUUUCCAAGCAGUUUUCAUAAUAAUUGGGAAAACGGAAGAUUAUAUGAAUAUAAUACUUUUAUUAUUUUAAAUUUUGGUUUUGUAUGUAAUCCAGUUAAAAAUGUU